AUGAACCGACAAAUGAAGAAAAGGACAAAGAAAAGAGACCAGAAAGGCCCAGACAGAAGAGCUGGCAGUAAUGCUGAACCAAGGCAAGUCCAGAAGAUAAAGGUGGAACCUCUCCACAUAACAUACACCAUUCACGAUGAAGAUGUGCACAGUGAGUCUAGCCAUGAGGCUGCUGAGGAAGAUGACUUCCCUGAUUGCUACAUAGAGUGUAUAAUAAGAGGUGAAUUUUCUGAACCCAUUUUGGAAGAGGAUUUACUUUUUAAGUCCUUUGAAAGCCUAACAGAAGAAUCGAAACAAGCCCUUUCUCAACAUGUUCUUGAGGCAAGCUCCCUUCUUGAAGCUUCUUUGGAAUACACAAAAAAGGGGGCAAAACAGGAGAAAAGGGAAGUCAAACAAGAGCUUCCAAAACAGAUUGUUGGAGAGAAUUCAUCACUUGGGUAUUCGGAGUACAUGACAGGAAGGAAGCUUCCCAUUGGAGGACUACCUGGUGUUGAUUUAUCAGAUCCCAAACAGCUUGCAGAAUUUACUAGAAAGAAGCCAAAACGUGGUGAAGACUAUGAUGCUCCAGCAAUACUGGCCUGUCCUCAGAAUGGGUGCAUGAAAAAGCUGAGGGACAAAGCUGCCUUGAAGAAACAUAUGCUUGUUCAUGGUCCCCGCCAGCACGUGUGUGCAGAGUGCGGAAGAGCAUUUGUAGAGAGCUCAAAACUAAAACGACAUUUUCUGGUUCAUACUGGAGAGAAACCUUUUCAGUGCACUUUCGAAGGGUGUGGAAAGCGCUUCUCCCUGGACUUCAAUUUGCGCACCCAUGUACGCAUCCACACUGGAGAGAAGCCUUUUGUGUGUCCCUUUGAAGGUUGUAAGAAGAGCUUUAUUCAGUCGAAUAACUUGAAGGUUCACAUUCUAACUCAUGCAAAGGCAGGAAAGAAUUACUGA